AUGACAUCCUUAAUUGGCAAAAUUGAUCCAUUCGACUUUAGUGGCGAAUCCUGGACUUGUUAUAUGGAAAGACUAGAUCAAUAUUUCAUAAUUAAUGAUGUUGCUGAUGACAAAAGGGUACCAGCUCUCCUGGCCCUGGUAGGGUCAAAAACUUACUCAACUUUGAGAGAUUUGACAUCUCCAGCUUUACCAAAGGACAAAUCAUACGCUGAGUUAACAACACUAUUAUCGAGCCACUUCAAUCCUGCUCCACUUGUUAUUGCUGAAAGGUUCCGUUUCUGGAAGCGCGACCAAAGGGCGGACGAAAGUAUUAGUGAUUUUAAUGUGAAUUUACGAAAGCUUUCACAACAUUGUAAAUUUGGAGAGGGAUUAAAUGAUGCACUUCGAGAUAGACUAGUUUGUGGGUUGACAAAUGUAAAUAUUCAGAAACGACUCUUGAGUGAGAAAGAUUUAACGUACGAGAGGGUUCUUCAGUUAUCUAUCUCUAUGGAAUGUGCACAAAAGGACAUUAAAGAGUUGCAUCAAACAGCAGGCGGCGCUGCAUCUAUGCAUAAAGUGGCAUCUAGUUUUAACAAGAAACCUGUACAAAUAAAAAAGGACCUGGUUCAAAGGGAAUGUUACAGAUGUAAUCGUAAAAACCACACCCCUGAUGCUUGUCGUUUUAAAGAUGCAAUCGGUAACUUUUGUGGUAAAAAGGGACAUAUUUCGCCUGCAUGUAGGACAAACAAGUUUGACAAUGUUUCGAAAAAGCAAAAAGGACAUAAAAGUAAAAAUAAAAAAGGGCAAGUUCAUGGUAUAGAGGAAGAUGAUUUAGAUCUUGGACAUUGCUUAUUUCAAAUGGAUCACGAUGAUCAGGGAAAUUAUAAGAAAGUUAUCUGGGUAACUCCUACUGUGAAUGGACAAAUCUUGAAAAUGGAACUAGACACAGGUUCGGGUGUGUCGGUUAUAUCUAAGGAGGAUUGUUUUAGACUCUGGCCAAGUGCGGAAUUGGAAAAAACUGAUAUACAACUGAAAACCUAUUCUGGGGAAGUGUUGAAACCAGUUGGAUGCAUGAAAUGUACAGUAGAACAAAAUUGGCAAUGUGAAAUGUUGAACUUGUAUGUAGUGGAACAUGGUAGUAGACCGUUGUUCGGACGCGAGUGGUUACGGAGGUUACAGUUGAAUUGGCAUGAAAUAAAGUCACUCAAUUCAGAAGUGAAUAGUAUUGAUGUCAAUGAAAAAGUUAAAAAUUUGAAGUCUAAAUAUGCAAAUGUUUUCAAAAGUUCUUUAGGCAAAGUAACUGGCUACAAAGCUACUUUAAAACUGAAGCCGAAUUCAAAUCCAAAAUUUAUUAGAGCUAGGACUGUGGCAUUUGCAGUAAAGCCUAAAAUUGAAGCUGAGUUAGAACGUUUAGUAAGUGAAGGUGUUGAAAAAGUUACUCACAGUGAAUGGGCUACUCCUAUAGUACCAGUUCCUAAGUCAAAUGUGGACAUUAGGAUAUGUGGUGAUUUUAAAGUCACCAUAAAUCCAGUCUUAGAAGUCGACCAGCAUCCUCUUCCACAAAUUGAACAUAUCUUCGCAUCUCUAGGGAAAGGCAAGAAAUUCUCUAAAAUUGUCUUAAAAAACGCGUACUUGCAACUUGAAGUUGAUGAUGAAAGUAAGAAGCUCUUAAAGAUAUCAAUUCAUAAAGGUUUAUUCCGGUACAACCGUCUUGUAUUCGGUGUGGCCUCCGCGCCAGCUAUAUUUCAACGGUUAAUUGAGCAGAUCAUGGAAGACAUUCCUAAUGUUCAAGUUAUUCUUGAUGAUAUGAUCAUAACGGGAUCUGAUGACAAGGAACAUCUUGAAAUCCUUGAACAAGUAUUAAAGAGGUUAGACGAGUAUGGUCUUCGCGUAAAUGUAGAGAAAUGUAAGUUUAUGGAGCCAAAAGUUGAAUUUUGUGGGCAUGAAAUUGAUGCGGAUGGACUCCACAAGACAGAUGCAAAAAUUGCUGCAAUUGUAAAUGCACCUGAAAUUAAGAAUGUGAAAGAUCUGAGAUCAUUUUUAGGUCUAGUACAGUAUUAUGCCAAAUUCCUUGAAAAUCUCUCAACAAUACUACAUCCAUUACACCAAUUACUACAGAAAAAUGCACGUUGGAAAUGGACAAGUGAUUGUGAUAAGGCAGUUCAGACAGUCAAGAAAAUGAUCACGUCAGAUCUUGUUUUGGUCAAUUAUGAUCCAGACUUGCCAGUUAUUUUAGCUUGUGACGCGAGUUCUUUUGGACUUGGUGCCGUACUAAGUCAUAGACUGCCGAAUGGAACAGAACGACCAAUUGCCUUUGCGUCUCGUAGUCUCUCAUCCGCGAGAGAAACUAUAGUCAAAUAG